AUGCUGCGCAACAUCCGCAAGGUCUUGGUGGCCAACCGAGGCGAGAUUGCUGUGAGAUGCAUCAAGGCUUGCCGUGAGCUAGGAGUCCAGAGCGUGGCCAUCAUUACAAACGCAGACGCAACGUCUUUACAUGCCACAUUGGCGGACGAGGCAGUACUGUUGCCAGGAGAUGACAGCACUGCAUAUACAAACGGUGAAGCCAUCUUGGACAUUUGCAAACGCACAGGUGCUGAUGCAAUUAUCCCUGGAUAUGGCUUCUUGAGCGAAAAUGUCGAGUUUGCCGACAUGGUGGCAGCUGCAGGCAUCACAUUCGCUGGUCCCUCUUCAAAGUCCAUCAAAGCUAUGGGCCUCAAGCACGAGGCGAGAGCCAUUGCCGAAGCGGCAAAUGUUCCAGUCAUCCCGGGUACCACACUUCUAGCAUCUUCUGAAGAGGCAACAGACGCUGCACGACGUCUGGGUUUUCCAAUCAUGCUCAAGGCUACUGGUGGAGGAGGCGGUAUGGGAUUGCAGAUUUGCCAUACCGAGGACGAAGUUGAGAAGGCCUUUGCAAUGGUUGAGAGCCGCGCCAGCACUCUUUUCAAGAACAGUGGUGUGUUCCUGGAAAAGUACUACCCCCGCUCACGACAUGUCGAAGUUCAGGUGGCGGGCAAUGGUGAAGUUGUAGUCGCUUUCGGAGAACGAGAGUGUUCCUUACAGCGGCGCCAUCAGAAGGUUAUUGAGGAGUGUCCCAGCCCUUUUGUCGAGCGACAUCCCGGACUACGAGAGAAGAUGCUUCAAGCAGCUAUCGAUUAUGCAUCCCAACUCAACUACAAGAGUGUGGGGACCGUCGAGUUUCUUGUCGAUGACGAAACAGCCAAGUUCUUCUUUCUCGAGAUGAAUACACGCCUCCAGGUUGAACACGGAAUUACGGAACUGUGCUAUGGAGUUGACCUGGUUCACCUGAUGCUGCAACAAGCCGACUACGAACACGGUGGCAAGCUCGGAAUCCCGUCUGACGUUCUGAAGGGACUUGGAAGACCACAGCCACUGGGUUCUGCAAUCGAAGCCCGAGUUUACGCAGAGGUACCGCUCCACGACUUUGCUCCCAGUCCUGGCGUCUUUCAACACGUUGAGUGGCCCCAGGGUGAGGGCGUGCGAGUUGAUACGUGGGUCCGAAGUGGCCAACGGAUCACGCCUCUUUACGACCCUCUGAUCGGCAAAGUCAUGGUCCAUAGUCCGGAUGGACGAGCGGGUUCCCAGAAGUUGAUGCUCAAGGCGCUCGCUGACACAGCCCUCCAAGGGGCGCAGUGCAACUUGGAAUACCUCUCACGAGUCGUCGAGUCGGACAUGUUUAUCAGCGGUAGCACAUUGACCAACUCACUUGCUACCUUCAAGUUCAAGACUUGCUCCCUACAAGUCAUUGAUCCCGGUGUGUUUACGACAAUUCAAGAUUACCCAGGCCGCAUUACGGUUGGACACGGAGUUCCCCCUGGAGGCCCCAUGGAUGAUCUGAGUGCCCGAGCGGCCAACAUUCUGGUUGGAAAUGACCCUGGAGUUGAGCUUCUCGAGGUUACCUUGUCUGGCCCAGAGCUCUUGUUUCACGAGGCAGCCAUCGUUUCUGUCUGUGGUGCUGAGCUUCCGCUCACUCUUGAUGGCAAACCUGAAGCAAUGUGGUCCAGAAUCAUUGUCAAGCAGGGCCAAAGACUCAAGCUUGGUAAAGUCUCUGGGCCUGGCCUGAGGACAUAUCUGGCUGUCAAGGGCGGAUUUCCAGAGAUUCCCGAAUUUCUCGGCUCAAAGGCCACUGCCCCUGAGCUUGCAUUUGGUGGCCUCCAGGGGAGAAAGCUCCAGGUCAAUGACAUCCUUGCUCUCCCUAAAGAAUCAGGGGCUUGGGCGGCUGAAGCAACACCUUUCUCUCUGCCACCCGAAGCCAUACCAACCUUCAAUAGCCGGAGCGUCUAUUGUCUCGAUGGUCCUUACGGUUCUGACGAUAUCCUUACCCCUGAAGGCCGAAAGACCUUGUAUGAGACCGAUUGGAUCGUCAGCCACAACAGCGGUCGCAGUGGCAUCCGCUUAGAAGGUCCACGUUUGAAGUGGGCUAGGACGUCAGGAGGUGGUGGUGGAUCUCAUCCGUCAAACGUCUUUGAUUACGGGUAUCCAAACGGGGGAGUCAACUUCACUGGUGAAUCCCCCAUCAUCUUUGCUCACGACCGUCCGGACUUGGGAGGUUUUGCCUGUCCCACAACCCUCUGCUCAGGCGAGAUGUGGAAGGUCGGGCAGCUGAAGCCGGGCGACACGAUCCGAUUUCGGCAGACGACUUAUGACAAGUCACGAGAGAUAACGCAGAGGAAGGAUGCCUAUCUCCAGGCCCUGCUUGAACUUGCACAAGGCGGCGGAGACGCCAGUCGGAUGCCUUCUCUGGAAAUUGAGUUUGGUGACGAACCCACGUCUUCGAUCCUACAUCAAGUGUCACCUUCAGGAUCUCAUCCUCGGGUGACAUAUCGUCAAGGAGGUGACACAAGCAUCAUCGUGGAAUACGGCGAGCAAAUUGCAGACCUACGAAACACAGCGUGUGUCCAGCUCCUCGCCAAGCAACUGGUGGCCGCAAACCUGCCGAGUGUCCGCAGUGAUACCAACUUUGCCACCCUCACGGUUCGCUUUGAUCCGUCACAAACAGAUCGGACAAAGCUCCUCCAGCAACUCAUCGACCUUGAUGGCAGCAUUGGAGAAACAACCGGUAUCAAGCUCACUACUCGACAAGUCCGGCUUCCCAUAUGUCUCGAUCAUUCGUCACUGGAGGAAUCUGCCCAGCGAUACAUGGCCAACAUCAGGCCUACUGCCGCUUAUUUGCCAGACAAUGUUGACUACAUUCGCAAGAGCAACGCUCUCGAAAGUCGUAGCAGCGUCUUUGAUUCGCUGCUCAACACCCCAUGGCUCACAGUGGCCGUUGGCUUCUAUGUUGGAACACCGAUUUUGUUCCCUCUUGAUCCCCGAUACAUGUUUACAGGUCAGAAGUACAACCCCAGCCGAGCCUACACGCCAAGCGGCUCUGUUGGUCUAGGUGGCUCGUUGCUGGCCAUAUACCCAGUUGCAGCCCCUGGAGGGUAUCAACUCAUGGGUCGUACAUUGGGCGCAUGGGACACGGCUGGAAAUCGCCCAGGAUUUUCGGCAACGCGACCUUGGCUGUUCAAUCACCUCGACUUGGUGAAGUUCUACGAGGUAUCUGAGGAGGAGUACGAUCAAAUAGAGCGCGACUUUGAGUUUGGUCGAUACGUCUUUGACGUGACCGAGACAACACUCGACAUGGACGAGUACAUCGCCAAGUUUGACGCAGCAAACCACGAUCCGGAUUAUCAAGCCUGGCGAAGCCGCCAGUCUGCAGCGGCCAAGGAAAUGGGGGAGCUUGAGCAGAAACUCUUUGAGGAAUGGACUGCGGAAAAGGCGUCGGCCAACAACAACACAGGCGAUGAAGAUGAAGAUGAUCCCAAAAUGGUCAAGAUUGAAUCCCCAGUAGACGCCAACGUUUGGAAGGUUCUAGUGGAACCUGGCGAUGUGCUGAAGAAGGGACAGACAGUAGCAGUGCUUGAAGCAAUGAAGAUGGAGAUCAACCUGGUGGCUGGUGAGGAUCAAGCUGGUGCAGUAGUUGUCAAGAUCAAACAGCGACCUGGAACUGUUGUGAGUCCGGGGACGGCGGUGGUGACAGCCCGGAGACAGGAUUAA